GUCAAGAUGCGUUGUUAUCUGGCCCUGGCAGCGCUGCUGCUGGGCUGCAGCCUUGCGCUGGCUCAAUAUGAAUACUUGGCGCCACAGCAAACACUCAAUCAACAGUUUGGCGAUGUCGUGGAUCUAGUGGAGCAGCCGGUGCUGCCACUCAACGAUGUUCGAGCACGUCCUCCGCGCGGCAACCGCGGCGGCCAGUGCACCACGAAGACAAAUUGCUUCUGCGGCACUCCGAAUGUCAACCGCAUUGUGGGCGGCCAGCAGGUGCGCACCAACAAAUAUCCAUGGACCGCCCAGCUGGUCAAGGGCCGCUAUUAUGCGCGUCUCUUCUGUGGCGGCUCGCUGAUCAACGAUCGCUAUGUCCUCACAGCGGCUCACUGUGUGCACGGCAACAGGGAUCAGAUUACCGUGCGGCUGCUGCAGCUGGACAGAUCCUCGGGCGAUCCUGGCAUUGUGCGCAAGGUGGUGCAGACCACAAUACAUCCCAACUACGAUCCCAACCGCAUUGUCAAUGAUGUGGCGCUGCUAAAGCUUGAGGCACCCGUGCCACUUACUGGCAACAUGCGUCCCGUUUGUCUUCCCGAUGUCAAUCACAACUUUGAUGGCAAAACUGCUGUCGUGGCUGGCUGGGGUCUGGUCAAGGAGGGCGGCACCACCAGCAACUAUUUGCAAGAGGUGAGCGUGCCCAUCAUCACCAACCAGCAGUGCCGCACCACCCGCUACAAGGACAAGAUUCAAGAGGUUAUGCUCUGCGCUGGCCUGGUCAAGUCUGGCGGCAAGGAUGCCUGCCAGGGCGACAGCGGAGGUCCGCUGAUUGUCAACGAGGGCCGUUACAAGCUCGCCGGCGUUGUGUCCUUUGGAUUUGGCUGUGCCCAGCCAAACGCACCCGGCGUCUAUGCCAGAGUUAGCAAAUUCGUCGACUGGGUCAAGAAGAACACCGCCGAUGGCUGCUACUGUCAGAACUAA